UGAAAAGAGCCAUUAAAAAAAAUUGUUAGCGAGAUAAUUACUCUUUUAUCAGUUAACUUUAUAUAAUGUACUACCUAUUUAAUGAUUUUUCCUAGUAAUUCAACUUCAAUUAUCGCCGAGCCGAUAAACGCCAUAACUUGACCAAAAUGAAUUAUAGACAGAGAAACGAAGACAAACUAGAUACAGUGGCAAAUCGGAACAAGAACUGAGAAAAAGGAAGCAACCAGCUCAGCUCAGCUCUUUAACCCAUGUCAGAUACAGUGAAGUAUGGGAUCAUAGGAACAGGGAUGAUGGGUAGAGAACAUCUCAUCAAUCUCCACCAUCUUCGCCACCAAAACGUGGCUGUUGUUUGUAUAGCUGAUCCUCACGUCCCCUCCCAGCAACUCGCCAUUGAAUUUGCCCAAUCGUUUGACUGGCCUCUUAAGGUAUUUUCAGGGCAUCAAGAGCUACUGGAUAGUGGGCUUUGUGAUGCUGUGGUUGUGUCAUCUCCAAACAUGACUCAUUAUCAAAUCCUUAUGGAUAUUAUUAAUCACCCCAAACCCCAUCAUGUGCUAGUGGAGAAGCCACUGUGUACCACUGUUGCUGAUUGCAUGAAGGUUGUAGAUGCUGCUAGAAAGAGGUCAGAUAUGCUCGUGCAAGUUGGAUUAGAGUACAGAUACAUGCCACCAGUUGCUAAGCUGAUUGAAAUUGUCAAAGGUGGAUCUCUCGGACAAGUCAAAAUGGUGGCAAUCCGGGAACAUAGAUUUCCAUUUCUGGUUAAGGUUAACGAUUGGAACCGCUUCAAUGCCAACACAGGGGGGACUUUGGUAGAGAAAUGUUGUCAUUUCUUUGAUCUUAUGAGGCUGUUUGCAGGUGCAAAUCCUGUUCGAGUCAUGGCUUCAGGAGCUAUAGAUGUUAAUCAUAAAGAUGAAGUCUAUGAUGGGAAGGUACCAGACAUUAUUGACAAUGCAUAUGUCGUUAUCGAGUUUGAUAAUGGUUCUCGGGGAAUGCUUGAUCUUUGCAUGUUUGCUGAAGGGAGUAAAAAUGAACAAGAAAUCUCUGUUGUCGGUGACAUUGGAAAGGGGGAGGCCUUUGUUCCUGAGAAUAUUGUGCGCCUUGGUACUCGAGUAGCAGGUAGAGAUGGUGUUCAAACAUUCAAAGCUGAGGAUGGCCGAAUAAAAUAUGAUGGACUGCAUCAUGGUUCUAGCUAUUUGGAACACCUUAACUUCCUAUAUGCAAUUCGUGCUAAAGGUGAAAAAGCUCCUGCAGUGGAUUUGCAAGAUGGUUUGAUUUCAGUAGCCAUUGGAGUUGCAGCGCAGCUUUCUAUUGAAAAGGGUCGAUUUGUUAUGAUUAGUGAAGUCAUGGAUGAACAUCAGCACAAUGGUCCAAAUUGAAUCCUGAUUUUGAUGACUCUAUUCGUUGGCUGUUUCAGCUCUCCUGUUGAACAUAUUAAUGUACUCCAUCUCCUCCCUUGAAAUACUCGUGUAUAAAUUACAAAAGAGGAGUAGUGAUGUUGUAUAAAGAUUACAAAAACCUGUCAAUCAUUUACAGAACCUGCUUACCGCAUUCCCUAA